CCAAAAAUUACCGUCCAGCGCCUCCUCCUCUGGACCCUACGCCUGUGCUCGCUUGCAAGGGCAGGUGAACCCUCCAGCCUUCACCUCGGCAAAGGGGAGCGGAUCCUAGAGUGUCGUCGCUUGGGAGAUGGCGACGACCAGCAUGGCUUUUGCCCAUCUCACCGAUUCCCCGCCUAGAGCUGGACCCAGCAGGCCUCCCUCGUCGGCCAUGCGCUCCUCUUCUAGACCCAUCGCUUCUCGUAACCCCUUUCUCGACUCAGAGGGUAUGGCCCGCGCCUCCCAAGAGCUGCCUGCGAGCUCCAGCUCGAACUCCAUCUCCAGCUCCAAUGCAAGUCCAUUCUCCAACCUCCCCUACCUCGCCUUUGGCACUCCACAGCAUACUGGCUCCACUGUGAUGGGCUCACCAGCGCGAGCACCAGAGGAGGGAGCAGGGAGCGCGGACACAGUCAUGGACGACCGUGUUGGUAUUCAAGAGACCGGAGGACCAGGCGUGGAGGACCUGAGACAGGCCUUCUCCAUCGCCAGCAUCAGUCAACGCAACUCUUCCAUGCCCAUAUCGCCUGCCCCGUCACCUCGGACACGUCUGACCACCCUCGAGGAGGCCGACCCGCGAGGUCAAACGGUCCCCGCUCCUGGCACGCCGCCUCAGCGCAACUCCUCCAUGGCCAUCUCGCCAGCGCCAUCGCCACGGACACGCUUGACCACCCUUGAUGAGGUCAGUCCGCAAGGCCAGGCCGCUCCCGUAGUUGUUCCAGCCACACCGCCUCAAUUACCGCCGCGGCGGGACCGUUCUCGAUCGUCCGACCGGCUUCACAGCAAUCGGGAUGCCUCACCGGGCAUGGUAGAGCCCAGCUCUAGCUCUUCGGAGGAGCUAGAGGAAGCGUCCCGCUCUCGCAUCCCUUCUUACUCGAUUUCCACCAACUCUCCGCUGGCUGGUGGAAGCGUCUCGUCUCAGAUACCAAUGGUACCGGGAACGGACUAUCCUGAGCCGACCAUUACACCCACUCCAGGUAGGCCGCUACUGAGGGACGGGAAGCUGAUGCUUAUGCCGCCAUCCUGGGAGUCGUGUUCCAAAUGUAAGUGGCAAUGUGAAGCAAGGUUCCACGAGUAGCAUAAGAUUUGAGCUCACCACCAGACCGCCUGCCUCCACCCCAUCGACAGGCCAAGGUACGGGCUACAAGCACGCCGACCCAUC